UUUUUUUCUCCCUCUUCUCUUUUCCCUUCCCUUCUCUCCUUUCGGUAUCCAAUUGUGACUAAUAUCUUUCAUAUCCUUUCCUUUCCUUUACUUUCCUUCCGUAUUUCUUCACCUUCAUCCUCCUCAGGACAACCAUUAAAGUACUCUUUGUUUUAUCCACUUUCAGGAACCUGUUUCACAAGUUAUUUUCUCCCUCUCCAAAAUACAUCUAAUCCGCUUUUCUAUAACACAUUACAGAGUAUGCUUAAAAAGAAGAGAUUUUCUGGCCUCUUUGGCCCCAGUAUGACAGAUAUUCCUUCACCCGGCCCAGAACAUCAAAUGGCUCAACAACAAUCUUCUGUCAGUGCGAAUGGUUCAGGUCUUAAUGGGUCACCACAAAUGCUCUCGAGUCAAGGCCGACAAGGAAGCAUACUAACACUUGGUUCCACUGGAGGUAUAGGCAACUUUAUAUCAGCAAUAGGAGGAGGAACAGUAGGAGGAGACUCGGGCAAUAAUGGCAGUAAUGGCAUUGGCAUGUCGCAACAGAACGAUGAGGAUAGUAGCGGGCUUCAUUCACUGACCCGUAUGGAAGUUCAUCAAUCUCUUGAAAGCCUUAAAAAGCUGGUCAUCGCAGCGGAGUCGUACAGAGAGUUGACGACCAAGUUGGCUAAAACCACUAAGCAACUUGGUAAAUGCUUCAAAGAAUAUGGCGAUUCUAAAGGCAUGGAUAACACAUACGUGAUGUGCCUCAAGUCUUCAGCCAACUUUUACGAAUCCUUUUCAGAGAUGGAGAGUAAACUGGCCACAUGCUUGCAAAAGGAUUUUGAAUUGUUACAGACCACUUGGGAAAAGCACUCCAAACGAGUAACGAAAGAUGACAAGAUUCAUGAUGAAGUCCUAGGCGAACUCGACGAGAAGAUAAAGAAGAUCAGCUUAAAUUACGAUAAAAAAUCGAAGAAACCAGAUCCAAGCACAGCACUGAUGUCGCACGAGAAAUAUAUAUCAACGCUGUCCGAACUACAGGAUUCAAUUGCUACGGCCAAACGGGACCACAGGAAUACAGUUGCAAGACGGGAGCGAUACGCCCAUUCAAUGACAGCACAAAUUGCCUGCCGUCUAUCUGAAGCCCAGUUUUUAGCAGUAGAGCGGCAAUUGCGUGGAUCUGGGCCGAGUCUUUUGAAGAUCAAGGAAUGGGCUCCCUAUGCAGGACAUGACAUGCCUCCACCAACCCUUGUCAGCAAUGGUGACCCCACCAUUGAGGUCCGUGGCGGCUCCUUUGAAGAAUAUAUUGCUCGACACACCAAUAAUGAUCGACAGCAGCAGCAAAAGCAACAGCCAUCAUUACCAGGAGCAUAUCAAGCGUCUAAAUCAGAUCAAGGUCCUACAACACCCGUCUACACGAUCACGGAAAUGCCUCAAAUCACACUACCACCUUUUGCACCCAUGCAGCAGCACCUCCAACGACAACAGCAAGAGCAACAACAACAACAGUCAAUGCCCAUGCCCAUGCCCACUCCCAAAGCAACAACAUCCAAUACGCCCACUAAUCUACCAACUUCCAUGCCUGAGCAUAAACAAUAUAUUCCACAAAAGCAGCCCACUGUCAUGCCUACCCCCAUGUCCAUGCCAACUCCAUUUCAGACAGCGCGUAUCGACAAACCAGCGGGCUCAGUUCAGCCAGUAUCAGGGCCAGCCCCAGGACCCAUGGUGAAAGUCGCCAGUUCUGAUCACAAGCUGCUCAUUAGAGAAAAGCCUGCGAUUACUGCAGGGACUCCCGCAACGUCAACGAUAGUCGCUCCUACCACAUCUGCCACUACGACUAAAGCCAUCCCUACUGUUGUUGAAAAACCUACACCCGUUUCUACGGUUCCCACCGCCAUUACAUCAGACACUAUCAAUGUGUUGACAAAAUCGUCUCCAACGACUCCAGGUGCAUUUCCUGACAAACCAACGACCAAUACGGCCACAACCAAUAACGCUACAAACCUCGUAAAAGAAGUUGAGGCAAGGACUGGAGCGGCUGUUUCAAGAUCAGAAGAGACAGAUUCAAAAAGCGGGGAUAGGAUAGAAACAAAUAUGGCCAAUACAGCAGCAGCAGGGGACGGGAGUUUUCCUGAAGAUCAGAGAUCUGUCAGCACAAAAGUAGGAAGCACGGAUGGUGGGUCUACUCGUGGUGAGCGUAUCAAGGGCGAAUACCUUCAGGAGCUAAAGCUAACUCAUCCAACCGCAGAUGAUGCAGCAGAUGCAGUGGCUCUAGACCAAUUCCGUCGUGAAAAGCUAAUUGAACCAUAUCGUUAUGCUGACGAUGAUGAUGGAGACCCAACUCAUUAUAGGAAUGACCUCAGACGAAAUCGAACUCGUGACGAUGAUAUGGAUGGGCCAGUAAUGUCGUCUGAUGAACUGUAUAUGGACGAUCCAUACUCACCCAUAUCUGGCGGUGAUCAGCUCUCAUUCUAUGACGAUGGCGACGAUGUAUUGUCAAGGAAUGAGCCUCGUCGAUAUUAUGACGAUGACGAGUCUCAGCAUUCAGGCACGAUUUCACUCCAACCUGGUGGAGGCGAGUAUUUUGCCUCAAGAGGACGAUACGAUGACCAUCCCCAGGACUAUGAUCGCCUCUACCAUCAACACUACUCCUCUUCUAUCCCUUCGCGGUAUAGCCAUCACCACUCUCAGCAGCAACAGCAUCCUUACCUCACGGAACGAGAACUUGACCAGGCAGAAUGGGCUGCUGCCCAGAUGGCAGCCUCGGAGACCGCGAGCAUGACCGGUUAUGCACGGGAACAAUAUCCAGGCCCUCGCGAUUAUCCAACAGCUCGUCCGACCUUGGAGGAUCGCGAGCGAGAGUUGGAUAUGAUUAAUCAGAAAGCCUCCGCUAUGGCAGGUGCAGGAGCUGCUAGACCAACCUAUGCCCGCCGUCCAGCAACUGCACCUGGAACUGUAGCCAAUCUUCGACGACGUUUUUCGGAUCAGAGCGUUUCAGACAGCCCCCCAGGCCCUGUGGCCUCUUCUGGACAAGGGAAUCGUGCGCGUGGGAUGAGCGGCUCUGUUCUUAGUAUACAACAGCACCAACAGCAACAACAGGAUGCCAUACGUCGUGACGCUCGCUUCCCGCCUCGAUCAUCGACACCUCAGAGUCGUCUUGUGGCCGCAUCCGGCUAUCGCCACGAGCGAGGGGUAGCUAAGGGCAUGUCAAGCGGUCAGCUUAUGGGCUCGGGCGUUGGUAAUAAUGGUCGAUACAGUAGCGCUGGAGGAGCAGGACACAUAUCUGACUAUGAAGACGGUGGAUCUGGAAGAGUGUCAGUAUUAGUGGGCGACCAACGCACCCGCCGGAGAUGAUGAUGAAAUAAUGAAAUGACGAAAUGAUAAACACCUCUACAAUUAAUGACAACCCGAUAAACUUGUCC